CAGAUGAGGUCUGGCUGUGCCAUGCGGAGCUAAAGCCCUGCACCAGCAUGUGUUUGACGUACUGACACGCGCGCAAACACACGCAGCCGCACCACACUGACCAGCAGACGACUGGUGCUCGCUGCUUUUUUUCUCGGAAGAAGAGAGAGAGAGAGGGAAACGGAUCUGAGAGACAGAUGGAGGAGGAGAGGGAGAGGGACAGGGUGGGAGACAGGGAUGAAGAAAUGAAAGGAGAGAAGGCUUCCGCGUGAGGAAGAGGAGAACAAGUGGAGCGGUCGGAUAAAAGGAAAGAGGAGAAGUGGAGAAGAGGAGGAGCGCCUUUGGGCUUUGGGUCACUGCUGAUCCAUCAGGAAGGGUGGAGGAGUGAGGAAAGAGGGGUAUAGGAGAGAAGAGCAGGUGUGUGGUGAUGUUGCGGGGGGAGCAUGCCGAUUACCAGCGCCAGUACCACACGUUGGGCAGCGCCCCUCGCCGCUUCUCCAACCCAGACAUGGAGGCGCUGGCCAAGCUGCACAAGAGCGAGGCAGAGAGGCAACGGAGCAAGUACCCGCCCCAGCAUGCUGCCACACUCGUCAACACCAACUGCUCACGGCAGCAACAACCACAUUACUGGAGUUUUAAGGCAAGGACUCCUCGGGCCAGUGGUGGCCAGCAGUCUCUGGGGGAACAGGUGGGAGGCCGGGCGUUUUACGCCUCUGCAGAGAGUUUAGACAGCAUGGCCGACGCUGACGUGCCCCUGGGCUUCAGCCGCACCAACCGCCUCAGACAGAGUCUCCCGCUCGCCCGCUCGCCCAGCCAGAGCAAACUCAGAGCACCCGGGGUCCUGUUCCUGCAGUUUGGAGAUGAGACAAGGCGUGUUCACAUCACACAUGAGCUGACCAGCAUGGAGACACUGCAUGCUCUCAUCGUACACAUGUUCCCACAGAAGCUGACGAUGGGUGCUUUACGAUCACCCAGCACAGCCAUUCUCAUCAAGGAUGAGGCGCGCAACGUCUUCUAUGAGCUGGAAGACCCGCGGGAUGUUCACGACCGCUGUGUCAUUAAGAUCUACUGUCGUGAGCCUCCACUCCGGGACGCGCCCUAUAACACUCCUCACCACGGACACCACGGACACAUCACCAAUGGAGAUCUGAGGAGGGAGCUGGUGUAUGCCUCGAGGGAGUCUUCUCCAACUCGCCGCCUCAACACCCUCCCAUCCUCUUCAUCUCCUUCUGGCUCACCAUCGCGGUCAAACGCCCGCCUCUCCUACACGGGAGGCCGGCCCUCGUCUUAUGCUGGAGGCCCUCCACCUUCCCCCCAGCCCCACCCUCACCCUUACCAGCAUCAGCAUCAACACCAGCACCACGUCCCUGGGCAGGCGGCUCACGGGCAACCCGUGUUCUGCCCCUCACCCAGUGCCAUUCUGGAGCGAAGGGACGUGAAGCCGGAUGAGGAGAUGACAUCAGCAUCCAAGAGUGUGGUGCUGCUGAAGAACGAGGCCAUCUACGCAGACCCAUACGCGCUGAUCCACUCGCCCCAGGCCCUGGCGUACCGUCGAGGCUCCACGCGCUCAAUGGGUCCCUAUCCAGCUGCUGCACUGCACUGUGAGCUAGAGGGCGCCCUCUACAGGCCUGGAGGUCCCCUCUAUGCUGACCCCUAUGCGGCUGCAGGAUUCCGCACACUGCCUCCAGCCUCGCCUCAGAAAAUGCUGGAUGCGAGGGACCCCUAUGGACAGCAGCCAGGUCGAGGGUCACCAGGCAGACAGGCUUACAGGAAAGAUGGGGCGGUGUUUGUAGAGAGUCCAAAAGCCAGGGGCGGGGGGCCACCGAUGGACCAAAUGUGUGUGAUUGGGGGACCUGGAGGUGAUGGAGUGGCUUUGCCAGGGUACGCCACGCCACUGCCUGGCAAUGAAACGGAAACCAGAGACAGAAUGGAGGCAAUGGAGAAGCAGAUAGCAAGCCUGACUGGUCUUGUCCAGAGUGUCCUCACCCGGGCCCCUGAUAGUCCUGACAAAGCUGAAACAGCCAGUGACUGCUCAGCUCCAGAGACUGGCAGGUUUAGAAAAAGAAAAGCCAUGACUCCCUCCGCCCCUCUGGCCCUGAUGCCACCGCCACCCACUGGAGCAUCGCAGCCAAUCAACAUGUCCCGCUCAGAAAUGCAGCUUCACCUGAGUGAACUGCAGCACAGCAUAGCCGAGCUCCGAAGGCAGCUGACGCAGUUACGCAAACUACAGCUGCAGAAUCAGGAUUCAGUACAUGCGUUGCUGAGACAGACAGAGGCAGAUGUGGGCCUUUGCUUGAUUGAAGCGUCACGGACACAAGAGGACCCCCUCCAAAGACAGCGCCUCCUAGUGGAGGAGGAGAGACUGCGCUAUCUAAAUGAGGAGGAGCUGAUUAUACAGCAAUUACAUGAUCUGGAGAGAUCAGUGGAAGAAAUGAAGACUGGAGCCGGGUUAAACCAUCGCCUUAUAACCGAACAAGAGGUAGAACAGAAAAGUCAGGAGCUCAGGAGGCUUGGAGAGACCCUGACUGAUCUCAAGAAUCAGUUCCCGACGCUGCAGAGUAAGAUGCGUGUGGUGCUGAGGGUGGAGGUGGAGGCUGUGAAGUUUCUGAAGGAGGAGCCAUUGAGACUGGAUGCACUGCUGAAACGCUGCAGGAACAUCACAGACACACUCACACUGCUGAGGAGGCAGGUGUCAGAAGGCAUGUGGAAGACUCCUGAAGACUUCAGUAGCUCUCUAUCCAGCUCCAGUGAUGUUGACUUUGCGAAAAGCUGUGAUCUGGACAUCCUGACCAGUCCCUCUCUGAGCAGCCUGCCCGAGCUAGCGGCCUCAUUAUCAGGCACGAGCAGUCUCUCCACCUCCUUGCCGACCAGUGCCAACCAGGGGACUAGUCCCAACCUCACCACCACUGCCAGCAUAGGGGCCACUGCUAGUCUGUCCAGUGCUCUGGGUUCCAGUCUAGGGUCAGCUCUAGGGGGUGCUGCAAGUUUAACAGGCACCACCACCCUGGGGAGCUGGCUGGCCAGCACAGCGGUGGUGGACGGCAGUGUGCCUGAGCAGGACAGCACCUCGGUGGGUGCAGCAAAAAGCCGGGGCCUGGAGGAUCUUCCCACACGCAGAGAGGCGGACAAAGGAGUGUCAGUGGAAGUCCGCCUGGCAGCAGAGCGGGACUGGGAAGAGAAGCGGGCGAGUUUGACCCAGUUCAGUGCCCAGGACAUUAAUCGUCUCUUGGAGGAGACGCAGGCCGAGCUAAUGAAGGCCAUUCCUGAUUUGGACUUUGCUGCCAAGCAGAUCACCAAGCCGGCCGUGCCCCCUAAACCCCAGCUCUCCUCUCUGCCCAAACCCAUCACGCCCUCCUCCACCCCCUCCUCCACACCUGAACACCAACCUGGAAAAACCCCACCCAAACCCGCCAGCAAGGACACCCUCUCACGCCGGGAAUCAGGGGAGCUGACAGUGCCACGGUAUCGAACGGAAAAGCCGUCCAAAUCUCCACCUCCUCCACCACCACGCCGCAGCUUCCCAUCAGGCCACGGGCUCACGACCAACAGCAGCGGGGAGGUUAUCAUGGUUAACAAGAGCGUGAAAAAACUGGAAAAAAACGAAAACUGUGAGGAGCCGGACGCUCAGACUCAGUCUCAAACCCCGCCCAUUAAACUCAGGCGACCCUCCACCUCAGACGGACCCCGUCCUUCCUCCACUCCCCCGGUUAUCGCUGCCUCUGGGAUGAAGGAUGAUGAGGAUGAGGACGAGAGGAUCAUGGCAGAGCUUGAGAUCUUCCAGCGAGCACCAGUAAAAAUGACCAUCAUUCCCAAGCCCAGCACUCUCCCACGACCCUCUGGUCACAGCAGCAGUGCUUCCAGUUUGGGUCAGUGGACCUUCAGCUCUCUGUGGAGAGAGUCGAGCAGCACUCCACCCGGGUCAGCUAAGCUCGGGCCAUCAUCUGCAGCAUCCCGACUAAAGCACCUGCAGCAGAGCAGCCUGGAGCGGAAGAACAGGAAGCAGCGGGAGGACUUCCCCAAACUCCAGCAGGGCCAGCAGCAGGGACAGCGAGUUUGUUUUUAACCAUUUUGCAGGACGGGUAGACGUGGCUCAGCAUAGCCGUAGCCCACUUCUUGCUUAGGGGGGUUAUAUGGAGCAUACAGUAUUAUGGUAACACUUUUUUUGAAUGGGCUUCAUAACACCUACAUAGGGGCUUUGUUACUCAUUCAUCAGCAUUAAAGAAUACAUUUGUUAAGCAAUAUAAACGUGUAGCUAAUAUGUAUCGCUUAUGCUAUUAUUUAUAAUACACAUUCUUAAAGUCUUGGUCUUGGUUAUGAAUGUGUUAUCAAAAUCCUUAUGUAGGUACAGUUCAAAAAAGUUUUUUAGGGUUAAAUUAUUUAAAAAGAAAUAACUUUACCAUGCUGGGUCCUCUAGUUCUUGCGUUCCUCUGUCUGGCCCUAUUAGAGUUAGUAACAGCUGACCACUGCUUUCUGACAGACUCUGUAAAUGUCUUAGAGAGACGUCAUAACUUCCAUGUCCCUUUCUGCCCUAUACCUCUCUGUGGCCAGUCACAGCCUCUCUCUCUCUCUCCUUCUGGCAUGUAUGGCUGGUGUCAUUUUAGCCAAUCACUGUCCUUCGCUCUCUCCUCCCCCUGAGAUCUGAUCCUAUCUUAGGUGGUUAAUCCAUGCUGCAGGUGAAAGAAGUCCAUGAGGACGAUGGACACAGUGGACCCUGAGUAGGACGCUGAACAUCAAGCUUGCAUGUCUUACAAUGUGUGUAGUACAUUAGGGUAAGUUUAAAUAAGGUCAGGUUUUAGGCUAUUUUUUUGUUUUUGCUAAAUGUAACGAUAUAGGUAUUAAUAUAUGUACAAUAAAAUAACAUCAUAAGGUGCAUUAAUCCUGUAAACAUAUGCAGGUACUAAUUCCCAGUCAAGUGAACAAAGGUAUAGAGAGUGGCCAAAUGUGGAGUCAUGUGAGAAUGACAGAAAAGUAAUAAUCAUAUAAGCACUUAUUAAGAGACUUUACUAUAUCCUAAUAUAAAUGUCCAGAACACCACAUUAAAAAUAAAGACGAACAUCUAGCUAACUGUGAUCAAUUGUGAUAGUUAAUUAAUACCAAAAUGUGUUUAUGGAAUAGUAUUUGCUACAGUUAUAAUAUUUUGUAUUUUUAUACUUCAGAAAGAGAGAGGAUGAGAAACUAGAACAUUUGAAAAGGUUUGUAAGUCUGUGCACCUGCCAAGUAAGAUGUGCAUAAGAUUACUGUAUUCAGAGUAAAUUACUUGAUUAUAUUCUAACUUUCAUUCAUUGAGUCCUCAUCGUCUGACAGAUUUGAUGUUUAGCUGAGGAAAAUCUUUUGUUCCAUUUUUUUUAAACAGUUGUAUGUAAAUGUUUGGAGACCCCUGUUCAAAUUAUAAUUUUUUUUGUAGGUUUUCUAAGUGAAAGAGAACAUAUAUCUGCACACUUUAAUCCUCAGUUGCUGUUUAUUUUCUGUAUUUAACUCCCUAGUUUGUGUCAUUAUCCUUAAAACAUGUGUAAAACACUGAAACCACAGCCUGCUAACCUGCUAACUUAGCUAGCCAGCUUUUGUUUUGUUUUUUUGUUUUUUUGACAGAUGAGGUCAUGGUGAGAUUGUAUUUGUGUUCAGCACCAUGAUGAAGAUAUUCUGCGGUCAGGCUGUUUUGCAGUCAGCCUUCUUUAACCUUAUUUUAGUUCACUUUCCCUUAUAAUGUGGGCUCAUUUUUCAUCUUCUAAAGUAGCUAAUGCUAACAAUAACAUUAGCCAAGCUAGUGCACACAAACACCCAGGCAGGGCAGCAGUGGGAACUUGUUAAUGUGGUCUCAUUAAAACUGUAUGCAGUUUACUUUCUGCAGUAAUUCAGCUCCAUUGUUGUUGUUUUUUUAUAGCUAGAAUGUGUAAUAUAUUAUAUAUAAACAGUAAAUGGGAAGAAAAUUUAAUACAAAUACAGUCUGUUGUGCUAAGUAAAAUAUUCUAAAUGUCUGAACCUCUAAAAACUGAAUAUAAUUAAAUAGUGAACAAAUACAUGCAGUCUAUUAGUCAAGACACUUCUUAUUACAAAAUGACUACAUAGAUUUACUCAUGCUCUCUUAGACUUAGGUUUAAUCCUUAGACUUGUGUCUGUAGUGCAGCAUUUCAGCAGUCAGAAGUUAGCUUAGCAAUUGGGCUACGAUUGAGUACCUACAACAACUGGGAACAAAAAAAAACCUUAAAUUUUUACCUUUAUGUCUAUCCAGCCUCAUUGGCUUUGCCUAAAUGAUUCUCAUCUAAGGUGUUUCACGCAGCCAGACUUUAGCAUGUUCUCAGCAGAGUGUUGUCAUGCUAAGUAGUAAGCUAAUGCUAACUAGCUUCUCUUUGACUUAUGAUUUGUAGCAGGUAAACAUUUGCAGUUGUUCUCAGACUGACAGUUUAACAUUUAUUGAAUUAUUAUUAGCAAGCUGACCAUCCACGAAAAGCUACUGCCUACGCCCAGUAAUACCAUAUAUAAAACUAAUAUUUGUAUGUGAUAUUUCUUUUUCAGCUUAGCUAGUUGUCGGGGUUAAACAGGCAUGUGAUAACAUCUAGCUACCUUUUGUAGGUGAUUUGUUUCUUAGUUUCAAUACAAAAAAAAAAACAUAUAUAUUUUGACCAGGGGUUCCCAAGCAUUUACUCACACUGUCCAGCUGCCAUUUGAUUUCUCCCUGUGUUGAGCUAAAGUAAUACAAAGGUACACAAUAUUAGAGCUUUGUGUGGAUCUUGUGUUCUAAGACAAUCGUAAAGAUGUUCUAAAUAUGUUGGUGGAGCUUCUCUGCAGCACUUCAGAUUGUUUGCACCCUGCUUUAACAUGUGUCUAGCUUGACCAAUUGAACCAUCCAGCUUGAAAAUCAAAAUCUUAUAUAUAAUUAAUUUUAGUUUAUUUCUGGUAAUCAAUCAUAAACAUGGUUUGUCUCCUAUUUUUCAGUAUAUUAUGAGCUGUUAGAUUUAAAGCGUCGUCUUGUGUAGCCUUGUGUGUCCUUCUUACAAAGUUACAAGCUACACUUUUAAAAACAAAGAUGCUACAUUGGGUUCUUUGGACGAUGAUAUAAAAGAACCACAUUUGUUUCCCCAAAGAACCAUGUUUGUGAAAUGCCAUAACCUUGACAUCAAUAAAUAGCUUAUUCAUCCAGGAACCAAAAGUGUUCUUCUAUAGCAUUGCUAAAGAACCAUUUGUAUCACUCAGCAGGUGUAUUUUCUGCUCCUGUAACUGUAUACAGAAAUUUUAAAUCCACUCCAUUUACACUUUGGUUAAAUAUGGUCAAGUUCUGUCUCUAAUUUCCUUGUACAUCAUUUUCUCCUUUAAAAUCUCAACUAAAAUGCUGUGUAGUCCAAGACUGGUCCUAAUAAUUGUGAUCAUGUAAAAAACAUGUUAAUGCAAGGUGUAAAAAAGCCUCUUAAUUUUUCUAAAGUGCAUUUUACAAAACCUAGCUCUGACCAACCUCUUUAAACCUCAUGGGCGUACUGACCAGACAGUAAAGGACCACUGAGCCAAUUUUAACUGUCCAUGAAAAGUCAAUCGAUGGUGGUUUCUGGAAAGAAUAAAUAAAAUAAACUAUAUGCUAUACAUUGCACUUUGAAACCUAUGUUUUGCUUUGUUGGUGAUCCCCAACAAAGCCUAUACAAGCACAUCACCUAAGCACAGUUCUCUACUAGAAUAAAUCACUACAAAUAAGCAAAUGUUCUAAUGUAAAGAUAUAUUAGUGAGAUAAUACAGUCUAAAAUGAACACAUAGAGGCCUCUGAAUGAAAGUGUGAAAGAUUAGAGGAUUAGAGAAAAAGAAAAAAAAACUACUAACACACUAAAGUGUGUGUGUGGGGGGUGUAACUGUACAUGGACUGUGCAAUCACAGUAUACUAAUAUAGUGAAUUUGUAUGUAAGCUUUUUUUUUAUAAAGAGAUGUUAGUGCUAAACUGCAUGUACAGUAUACCUGAAGUCUGCAUGCAGAAUCAACUCUGUAAGCUCUGUUUCUGAGUGUAAAAUAGAUUGAAUUCUGUAUAAAUAAAGAUAUUUUUUGUUCCUUAUGUGUAGGUGGGUCGAUCAGACCUGUUUUACUGUUGUCUGUAACCUUGUAACUAAAACCAUCGUUCAAAACUGACAAACGGAUCUGUAACUGCGAGCGAUGUCGCUAGCUGUAGGAGACGUAGCUCAUCCAUGUUAAAGAAUGUGUGGAGUGUUUACAAAAAUGACAAAAAGACAUUUUUUUUGUGAUAAUAACAAUAAAGUGAGAAUGCACAUCGACCAAUAUAAAUAUAUCUAUAUGAAGAAAUUAUAAUGCUGCUCUUGUGGGGAAAAAAAUCUAAUGCUAAAAUCUAUGUACCAGAGACUGUUGGUUUUGUAUAUUCUUGUCGUGUUUUUUGUGAGUAAUAAAGUGGAUAUCUUGUA